AUCGUUAUCACUUGCUAAACUAGCACUUUUAUGACCUAUUACUCGUCAACGUUGGGUCGGACUUGUUCUCUGCUUUCAUUGGAUAGCGGCUCCUCUCUGCACAAGCCAAUGAACGCGCUCCAUGCUCCUACAAGAAGGUAGCCCAGGCGUUUGUAGCUCACUCUCGAUUUUUCGUAGUAGAACGGUACAAUGAGCGGAAGAGGCAAAACCGGUGGAAAGGCUAGAGCCAAGGCAAAGACCCGUUCUUCUAGGGCUGGUCUUCAGUUUCCCGUUGGCCGUGUGCAUAGGCUGCUACGCAAGGGCAACUAUGCUGAGCGUGUUGGUGCUGGCGCUCCGGUGUACUUGGCUGCUGUGCUCGAGUAUCUGACGGCUGAAAUUUUGGAGCUGGCUGGGAACGCUGCCCGGGACAACAAGAAGACUCGCAUUAUCCCGCGACACCUGCAGCUGGCUGUGCGCAACGAUGAAGAGUUGAACAAGCUGCUGGGUGGUGUUACUAUCGCCCAAGGUGGUGUUCUGCCUAACAUCCAAGCUGUGCUUCUGCCCAAGAAAACCGAGAAGCCAGUUAAGGGCAAAUAAGUGUGUGACCCACGUUGAAAUCUUCCCAAAGGCUCUUUUAAGAGCCACCUAUAUUAUCAUAAAAGGCAUUGUACUCUAAACCGAUAUUAGCGACCGUCCUUCUUAGCGAGUAACUUUGAUUUGCUUUACUAAUGAGAAGU